ACUUCAAGUUGUUCUGAAGCCCUUUGGGAAAGACAAGGUCUCCCCAAGGGAGACAGCCAUUUGGUUAGCCAAGAGUCUCAAAGGAAUGAUGUCUGAGGAAAGUGGGGGACACUCUUCAUGAUGAGCUUCACCUUCAUUCACAACAGCACCGAGCCAAAACUGCACCUUCCAAAAUUUCAUCAUUGAUUAGACAAACCCUUCUACCAAAAUCCAAAUCAAAUGACUCCAACUAACAACACCCCGACAACAAGGUGCUGUGGCAACUCCUUUUUCCGCAGACUAACAUUGGUGUUGGUCUCCAUCUUUGUUAUCAUCAUGGCCAUCAUCAGCAUAGCAUGGCUUGCCAUGCAUCCGCAUGACCCUGGUUUUCGGUUGACAUCACUUUCCGUGACCAACUUCGCCCUCUCAGAUUCGCAGGUACGAGGAAAGUACGAGGUUGGACUAACCAUAACAAACCCAAACAAGAUCAAAGCACAAGUGGUGCUUCACCGUGCCCACACGUUACGGCUUUAUGGCGAGGAGUGGCACUCCAUGGCUGCGGUGCAACAGCAACAACAAACCGUGUUCAUGGAGAAGUUUACCAACAAGAGUGUGAAGGUUGACAUGGAAGUGAGGGAUUCACGCCAGAAGGUGGUUCCUGAUGUUUUGUUUAAGAACUGGACCAAAGGGGUGGUUAACUUCAACAUGGUGGUCUUGGGUGUUAAGGUUAGAUUCCAAUCUGGAAUUUGGCCAAGUAUGGAUAAGUUAUUUGAUGUUCAGUGUAUGAAUCUGGAUGUGGAGUUCCUCUCUCCAACAAAAGACACUGGCAAGCUUUUGGGUAUAGGGAAGAACUGCCACACAGUGAAUGCUAGAGGGACGGCAUGAUCCAGAAAGUAGUGCAAUGCGAAGAGUUUAAUUUAUAUACCCUGUUGUAACUGUAAGACAUUUUUACAUAGAACAUUCAAUAAGAUUUAAUUAUGUUAUCACGCCAUUUUCUUAAUAUGACGUGAUGAUAAAAUAAUUUUUUAUUGGAUGUCGAUGUAAAAAAUAUAUUUUACACUAAAUUAAACUCUUCUUUAAAGUAUUUAUUCUUUUGGUUCAUAGUAAAAUAGUAUAUUAGAUAUAUAGAUCAAUUGUAGUGGUGGUGGGUGUAGCUAGUUUGAAUAUGAUACGCAAAAAGUUAGUAAAAGAUCUGGUGACUAUGGACUACCAUGUUUAAGAUCGAAGUUUGAAUAGGAUGAAAUGACAAGAAGAAGAAGAAAAGGCAAUCUAAUGCCUAGAUACUUGUUAUAAGAGAAAGGAUAUUGCAUGUACAUUAUCAUGUUAACUUUAAGGUGUUACAAGUUGGAAAAAAAGAAGAGUGUGGGGCCACAAAUGAAGAAACGGCAGAAGUGGACGAUCCUCAUUUUAUUUUCUUUACUUUGUUUUAUUGAACUUAAACAUCAUGUAUGUAUGUUGCUAUAUGGUUGUUGAAAUUGUAUAGCUAGCUGCAAAAUGUAAUGUAGUUAACUUGAGAGAGAGGAUUGCUAUUUGUA